UAACCCUCUCUCACCCUUCCCAAUACUCUCGGGUAUAUUUUAAUUUUGACUUUUAUUUAAUUUCUUCCCAGUUUUCUCACCUCCCAGGUCGAUCGUAUUUAUUUCAAUUCAAUCUUCGUCUUCUCCAUUUUACUUCUUGAUUUCUUCUUCUUCGUUCAUUCCCUUUCUAUUCUUUCUGGUCGGCCAGCCAUGAUUUCUGUUGAAUCCCACCAGAACCCAGGCCUCUCUUCUCCUCCUUCUCCAAAACCUGCUCCAAACGAUUCGAAUUCUGCAGAUUCUCCCCAAACUACUCAUAUCUUCAAGUCAAAAUUACCAGACAUACCUAUUUCCAACCAUCUUCCUCUUCACACUUACUGCUUCGAGAAUCUCUCUCAAUUCGCUGACCGUCCCUGCCUUAUCGUCGGCUCCACCGGCAAAAUUUACUCCUAUGCGGAAACUCACCUCCAGUCGAGGAAGAUUGCCGCUGGCUUCUCCAAACUCGGGAUCAAGAAAGGCGAUGUGAUUAUGAUACUACUCCAGAAUUCUGCCGAAUUCGCGUUGUCGUUCUUUGCUGCUUCCAUGAUCGGUGCUGUGGCCACUGCGGCGAAUCCGUUCUACACUGCUGACGAGAUCUUCAAGCAGUUCCGUGCGGCGAAAGCGAAACUGAUUGUCACCCAAUCGGCUUACGUUAGCAAGCUCCGAGAUCACCAGGCCGGCGUGGACAUCGGAGAGGAUCAGCUUAAGGUGAUCACCGUCGAUGAUCCGCCAGAGAAGUGCAUGCAUUUCUCGGUGGUGUCGGAGGCCGACGAGAAUGAGGUGCCGGAGGUGGAGAUCGACCCGGACGAUCCUGUGGCUCUACCGUUCUCUUCUGGAACGACAGGGUUGCCGAAGGGCGUGAUUCUGACGCACAAGAGCUUAACGACGAGCGUGGCGCAACAGGUCGACGGCGAGAAUCCGAACCUGUACCUGAAACCAGACGACGUGUUGCUCUGCGUGCUUCCUCUGUUUCACAUAUUCUCUCUCAACAGCGUGUUGUUGUGCGCUCUGAGGGCGGGAAGUGCGGUGUUGCUGAUGCACAAGUUCGAGAUAGGGGCGUUGCUGGAACUGACGCAACGGCAUAAGGUGUCGGUGGCGAUGGUGGUGCCGCCCCUGGUGCUGGCGCUGGCAAAGAAUCCGAUGGUGGCGGACUUCGAUCUGAGCUCGAUAAGGCUGGUGCUGUCAGGGGCGGCGCCGCUUGGGAAGGAGCUGGAGGACGCUCUAAGAAGCAGAGUGCCUCAGGCCGUUUUGGGUCAGCUAAAUAAACAGGGGUACGGAAUGACAGAGGCAGGGCCUGUGUUGUCAAUGUGCCUCGGCUUUGCAAAAGAGGCAUUCACAACAAAGUCGGGGUCGUGUGGCACAGUCGUCAGAAAUGCGGAGCUCAAAGUGGUUGAUCCUGAAUCUGGUCGCUCUCUUGGCUAUAACCAGCCUGGUGAGAUUUGCAUUCGAGGCUACCAAAUCAUGAAAGGAUAUCUGAAUGAUGAGAAGGCGACAGCUGCAACAAUAGAUGCAGAGGGAUGGCUUCACACAGGGGAUAUUGGGUAUGUAGACGAAGACGACGAGAUCUUCAUUGUCGACAGAGUUAAGGAGCUCAUCAAGUUCAAAGGCUUCCAGGUGCCACCAGCUGAACUUGAAGGCCUUCUUGUAAGUCACCCUUCCAUUGCAGACGCAGCUGUCGUGCCGCAAAAGGAUGAGGUUGCCGGUGAAGUUCCAGUUGCUUUUAUUGUAAGGUCAAAUGGCUUUGACCUUACUGAAGAGGCUGUAAAGGAAUUCAUAGCUAAACGGGUAGUGUUUUACAAAAGAUUGCACAAAGUGUACUUCGUUCAUGCAAUUCCCAAGUCUCCAUCUGGGAAGAUAUUGAGAAAAGAUCUGAGAGCAAAGCUAGAGGGCAACAACACCCAAACGCCUUGAAAUUUUUUAGCUGGACAGAAUUGUCCUCCUUUAUUUAAUUAUUAUUGCUAUUAUGGGGUUUUUUUUGUGAAAAAUUAUGUGAUGCAUGUGUAAUCCAGGAUACAUUAUAUAUAUAGCUUCAUGGUUGGCUCAUAAUUCAUUUGAUCAUUGUACUCUUAGACUUUUAGUAGUUUUCCCCCUUUAUCUCUUGUACAUUUGAAUGUACCCUGUAAUGUCAUUUGAAAUAAAUUAAUUUCGCUUA